AUGUGUGAGUCCAUGGGGCUGGGUGAAUUCCAGAAUGUUGUGCUGCAGAAGAACCACUUUGUGGGAGCUGUUGUUUGGACACCCCAAGAGGUCAUNAAAUUGACCAUGUGUGAGUCCAUGGGAGUGGUUGAAUUCCAUAUAGUUGUGCUGCAGAGAAACCACUUGGAAGGCAAAUAUGUUUCUUCGAUCAACCCCGAGGUGAAAACACUUCCUAGCCAAACCAAACAAUGUCCAGCUGGAAUAACCAUUGCAAAGAAGGACAACAAAUGGUAUAUAAGAACUGCAAUCCUAGAGCACAGUCAUGAGCUAUGCCCAAAUACUUCAAAGUUAAUUGCUGGUAAUAGGAAAUUGAGCAUGCAAGCAAAACGGACAUUGGCGGUCAAUGAUGAAGCUGGAGUUCGGAUUAAUAAGAGUUACCUUAGUAUUGUCAGUGAUGCAGGUGGAUAUGAUAAAAUGGACUUCAUAGAGCGAGAUGCUAGAAACUACAUUGGUAAACACAGAAGAUCUUUGUGUAAGGAUGGUGAUGGACAAUCACUGUUACGACACUUUUCAGCAAUGAAAGACUUAAACAAAGAUUUUUUUUACGACAUUGAGUUAGAUGAAGGCAAUAGAAUUUGUUCCGUAUUUUGGGCAGAUGCAAGAAGUAGAGCAGCUUGUGAAGAAUUNGGUGAUGUGGUGUGUUUUGACACAACUUAUUUAACAAAUAAGUAUGAUAUGCCUUUUGCACCUUUCGUUGGAAUUAAUCAUCAUGGGCACUCAAUAUUACUUGGAUGUGGACUGUUAUCGUCUGAAGACACUAGCUCUUUUGUGUGGUUGUUUCAAUCGUGGUUGAGAUGCAUGGGUAAUAAAGCACCAAUUGGGAUUAUCACAGNUCAAUGUAGGGCAAUGGCGAAUGCCAUUGAAGAAGUCUUUCCAAAUACUAUGCACAGGUGGUGUUUAUGGCACAUAAUGAAAAAGUUGCCUGAAAAAUUUAGUGCCUGUAAACAAUAUGUGACUAUCAAAAGUGAUAUUAACAAGCUAGUCUAUGAUUGUGGUUGUCCAACGGAAUUUGAGAAUGCAUGGGAAGCACUACUAACUAAACAUGGAUUGCAUGACAAUGAAUGGUUGUGCACUAUGUACGACGAGAGACAAAAAUGGGUGCCUUGUUACUUAAGAAAUCACUUUUGGGCUGGCAUGUCAACUACACAAAGAAGUGAGGGAAUGAAUGCCUUCUUUGAUGGAUUUAUCAAUUCAAGCACAACACUUCAACAAUUUGUGGUGCAAUACGACAAUGCUCUUAGAGUGAAAGCCCAAAAAGAAAUCGAAGCUGAUUUCUCGUCCCUCAACACCACGGUUGCAUGUGGCUCUCAGUCACCGAUAGAAAGACAAUUCCAAGAAGAGUACACGCAUGCGAAGUUUGAAGAAGUACAGACGGAGUUCCGGUCAAGAAUGAACUGCUUCAUCAAAGAAACCAUUAAAGACAACUUAAUUAACACUUACACAAUUAAAGAGGAGCGCAUGUGGGAGGGCAAAUGUGCAGAUAAAUUUCAUAAAGUUGAAUUUCAUCCAGUAACCAAAAAUGUCACUUGUUCAUGCUUAUUGUUUGAGUUUAGAGGAAUCAUCUGUCGACAUUCGCUGUUGGUAUUUGGGCAGGAAGAUGUUUGUAGUGUACCCUUAAAAUACGUUCUUCGACGGUGGAGCAAGAAUAUUCGUAGAAGACACACUUUGAUUAGAGCAGCGUAUAUUAAUUCCAAUCUUGAACCUGCCAUGCAAAGAUACCAAAGUUUGUGCAAAACAUUUUAUGAAAUUGCAGAGGUUGCGUGUGAGUCACAACCUGCUUCUGAUGGCUUGGAGAAACAACUACAACUGCUGCGUAAAACGUUUGGAUGUAGUUCAACAUUGACAAAUAAAAUAGUUAGCGAUGGAGGCGAACUACGUUAUGAAAAUGCGGUACCCAAUUCAACAGCGGACAAUGAAGGUGAAGGUGUUGAUGUACUUGUGCGUAGUCCUAAAUCAGUUAAACGCAAAGGACGACCACGCACAAACAGGUUGAAGUCAGCCGUUGAGAAAAGGACGAAAAAAGGCAAAUCUGUCUCAACUCAAAAGACUUCAAAUAUCUUCAUUGAAGAAUGUGANACAACGUUACCAAAUGAAAGACAAAGUCAGGAGGUAAUGCAGUUUGGAUCCCAAAUUUACGAAUGCUACCAAGUCUCACAACAAUCCAACGUCCCUGAACCCGGGUUUAUGUCCUUGUUAAAUGCCGUACACAACAACUUUGAUGACAACAUACUUUGA